CGGCAUCUGCGCUUCUUCGAUUCCUACUCUCUCUUCCUCUGUUUUGUGCUGUACAGUUUAUCAAGUGUCAAAUUGAUUCAUUCAUUAUCUUCAUCAUCACCAAUCAUCAUACCAAAUGGUCUGCAAAUCAUCAUCAUCUGAUCAGAACAUAGAAAAGCCAAAGAGAAAGCACAGAAAAGGUUUGUGGUCACCCGAAGAAGACCAGAGACUGAGAAACUAUGUCCUUAAACAUGGCCAUGGCUGUUGGAGCUCUGUCCCCAUUAAUGCUGGCUUGCAGAGGAAUGGCAAGAGCUGUAGGCUAAGGUGGAUCAAUUAUCUCCGGCCCGGGUUGAAGCGGGGGAUGUUCACAGAGCAGGAGGAAGAAACGAUUCUGAUCCUUCAUAGCUCGCUCGGGAACAAGUGGUCGCAAAUAGCACAGCGGUUGCCCGGAAGGACAGAUAACGAGGUAAAGAAUUACUGGCAUUCUUAUCUCAAGAAGAAGGUCGCUAAAGCUGAGGAAGUCCGCUUGCAAAGUCGGACCGAUUCAGAAGGUCAGGAGUGUUCUUUGGCCUCCAGUGAAUCGUCAGCCAACCAAAUCCCGGGCUAUGAUUCUAUCCAGCACGCACAAAACACGCUAGUAGACCUUCAGGGUCAGCAAAGCUCAUUACCGAAGAUUUUAUUCGCCGAGUGGCUUUCUCUAGACAACAAUGCUCCAGGCGGGAUUCAUAUCGCAGAUCCGUCUGAGAUGAUAGGUUCGACGAACUCCUUAAAUGACCAUUUGAACUUGGACGAUUGCAUGUUUGACAACCUUCUACUCAGCAGCGGGACGACUUUCUGCGGUGAUUACAAUGGCAGCGACGUGAGCGAUGGUUCUGCCAGCGAUAUUUAUUCUUCACAGUUCGACAUCUGCAGCAACUUCACUUUGAGUAACGAUCUUAUAUACAUGUGAUGGUAUUGAAAAUGAACUGAAGGAAGAAUAACCUCUAAUUAUACUCUGAGGAAUAAAAAUUGCUGGACAUUCAGCAAAAUGAUCAUAGGUUUAAGACAUCAGUUGAUAAAAAUUAGUACAGGGCAUAAUUAGAGGUUAUUCUUCCGUUGCCAUAUCAUGAUUUCGUGUGUCUGUAAUUUUCUAAUAAGCUAUUUCCAAUGAUGAAAAAAAAAAAAGAAUAUCAUAUUGAAAUGAAUUUAA